GAGCACGGACCGCGCCGGCUGCGGGGAUGGUUUCAGUUGACAGCCAGCGCGUAAGGAACCAGCACAGGACUUUUAACUCCUGUGGCCUUAGCCCACCUCAGCCCGGUUCUAGAUGAGAUCCCUGCGGGUACUGGGGCAAACUCAGCCCUACUUCUUACAGCACGUGGGACGUGAUGGUGUGAGAGGAGGCUCCUUAUUAAAAGGGAACAUAAAGCUCAGAGCUCCUGUAGAAGACAAAAUAAUUUUGCUUUAGAGAUUUCACCAAAGGCAACAAAUCUGAAGGAAGUUUUUGCGGGUUCCUCAGAAAUGACACGAGAUGCGCCACGCCAGUUACACAGACCCUCUGGAAACAGAAGAAAACGGCACAUCAACUCCGCUCAACUCAUACGGUAACGAGCUGCCCAGGACCAUAAGAACUCUACACCCAGCUGUGGGAUUUAUAAAAAUGAUUUCGCUUUUAUUUCUACUGCUUUAAUCUCCGUUCUCUGCGGCGGAGGAAGGAAGAAGGCCGGAGCGAACGGCUCUCCCCAGCUCCUACUGGAGGCGACGGCUGAUUCCUCGCUCGAUUUGGAGCCGCUUCCCGGACUCGGGAUGGACUUUCUGACACUCUUCUUGAUUUACUUGUGUUUUGUUCUCACUGCUAUUGCUCUACUCUGCAUCUGCACGGGAAGGAAGGAGAGUUGCCUCGCAAGAAGCGUCAAUGGUGCAAGCCAGGUAUUGUCAUUUGUAAUCCCCACACAGCUCCAGAGAGUGACACAGAAGGCACUUCACAGGCUCUUCCACACAAGAAGCUGUUUGUUUGUUGUCCUGCACGUAGCCUUGCAAGCUGCAGUGUAUGGGGAAUACACAUGGGAAGUGUUUGUUUACUGCUGGGAGCUGCAGUUCCACCUCCUCCUCCUGCUGCUGCCCUACCUGCUGCUGGCUGGGAACAUGGGCUGUUUCAUUCUCUGCUCCCAGGCCAAUCCAGGUAUAAUAACAAAAUCAAAUCAUGCAUCAUUGGUUAAGAUUUAUGCAUAUGAUGGUGUAUUAUUUCAGAAAGGCAUUGUGUGUCCUACAUGCAACAUGGAGAAGCCAGCCAGAUCAAAACAUUGCAGUUUCUGCAGUAUAUGUGUACAUCGUUUUGAUCACCACUGUGUGUGGGUCAACAACUGCAUUGGUGCCUUCAAUGCAAAGUAUUUCUUCCUUUACCUCUUCACACUGACUGCCAUGGCUGCAACUGUUGCAAUCAUCACCACAGCAUUUCUCAUCCAAGUGGUGCUGCUGUCAAAUAUGAUGCAUGGGAAUUACAUUGAUGACCAAGGACAAGAGCGUGCUGUUGAGAUUCUCUUUCUCAUUCAGCACCUUUUCUUGACUUUUCCUAGGAUUGUCUUCAUGCUUGGUUUUGUCAUUCUUCUCACACUUGUACUGGGUGCAUACUGCUGUUUCAAUCUAUAUUUGGCCUUAACCAACCAAACUUCCAAUGAAUGGUAUAAAUCCAGAAGACAUGGGUGUUCCCACCAUCUAGCAUUGCAGCCUCAUGACAGACGAGUUGUCUACAAAAACAUUUAUUCUAAAGGAGUCUGGAUGAAUUUAAAGGAAAUCUUUAAGCCUCCUACAGUGUUGGAAAGAAAGAAGAAAAUGUGAAGAUACUAUUCUAUGUCUAUUUUUAAACUUUUUGUAAGACUUUAUUUCAGCAGUGUGCUUUGAAGCCCCAGACAACUUCUGUGAACAGAUUACUGUAUGUCAAUUAAGUAAUUGGUAACUGUUUUCACAAAGCUGACCAGUCUUCAAAAAAAACUAGAGUUCUUCCAAGUUUGUCUGUAACGCUACUCGUACCAGUUGUGACAGUGGCCUGUUAGUCUUUUCAGACACAGUGACAGUACAGAAGCAAGCUGGACUAGAGUUAGGUUCACUUAAGGAACACAUACACAAGGAACUUUUUUUAUGGUUACUGUUUUGUACGCUGCAUAAUAUAUACCACUAUAUAUUAGGCAAACUGAGUUCCUAAGUUACUUUGGUAUGUCUUAAGUAGGUCUUCCUGCAGGAGACUUUACAGGAAUCUAGCAAUGUCACACUUGUGGAAGUGGCACUUAUUUGUCAAUUAUUCACAUUUUUUUUCCCCUGAAGGAAAAUAGUAACUCGCAGCUGACUGCAGUAUUCUGAUUAAUGAUGCCUCAGCAGAGCACUAUUUAAGAGACUUCACUUGGUGAGAUCUCCAAGUUUAAGCUCAGUCUUCUGUUUCCUUGUUUGAGGGACCAGUAGUGAAUUUGCUGGUAUGGAGAGGGAAGUUUGGUCCAUCUUACUGAAGUGAAUCUUUUUCUCUGUGUGUGCACUUGCAAGGUAAGAGCUAACAAAGAGCUGCUAUGAACUUUGAGGAAGCAUCAUCUUUUUUAUCUUUGUUUGGCAAAUUAUUAACCCAUUACCGUUAACAAUAAGUACAAUAUGUUGCAGGUAUUUAGCUGAAAAACCCCAUGAUUACUGGCAGAAUCUUAACCUGCAGAAACCAUGUUCUACUGCAAAUUCGUACUAGUAUGGAGCAUCUUAAUUUCAGAAAGGAAACUACUACAAGUGCUACUUCUCCUUACCUGCUAAGUCUCUUUCUUGAUACCUAUUUUCAGCUCGUUCAAAUUAAGAUGCCAUUUCAGCCUUAGAGUCAUGAAAAUGGUGGACUUCUUGUCAGAAUUUCAGCAUCCUGAAAAGAGUAUCAGAAAUUUGAUACUGAGCUUUGGACGUACAGGUCCUGGCAGAUUAGACUUAAUCCUUCUGGUGUUUCUCAUCUUUAUUGCAUUGUUCGAUAUACCUGUUCACAGCAAGAGGCUCAACCACGUCUUAGGCGUUUCUUAGUAUUUUGGGCAUUUUGCAGCAGGGGAAGUUACAGUUGCUGAAGCUGUUUCUAGGGCUGUCCACCUGCAGUCACGGAAGAGGCCACUUCAAAAGCACAGCAGUGACGUGGUCUUCCACCUCUGUACAGGGAUUCUCUAGGUGAACGCUGAAAGGCAAGUCAUCGGUGUCCCUCAAGAAAACCCUCUGCCUUAACAGCAGAGGACAAAAGUAGACUUGCAGCUAUGUAAGCGGCCUUCUGAAAUCCUUCCAGCUUAGGAUCACUUGAAAGAUCUCCAAAGCAUAGCUGUACUGGCUGCUUUUAGAGGCUUGUGCUCGCUUUGGGAAAAACAGCAUGUUUAGACUCACCCAGCAGUGAGGGUUUCUUUAAGCACUAUGGUUAGUGGCCCUGUUCUCUUCUCAGAAAUUCUUCUGAGUUAGAGCAGAAAUUGGAAAAAUAUAGUAAGAACUUUAAAUAA